GCAGGAUCAGGCUCUGGUUUGUGGGGCUUGUGAGGAGGAAGAAGGAGCUGCCUCUGCACACCUGCAGCACUUUAGCUUCUGAGGAAUAAUAAAAGACUCAGGCUGCUUGAGCUUUUCUGUCUAGUGGAGUGUGAGGAUCUAGUCUUCUCCAAUGGAGUUAUCUUCUGGUAAUACUGCAUGAAGUCUGGGGAAAGGGGGGAUAUUGGUGGGUGGGUUGCAACUCUGCUCCUUUCCAGCUCACUUAUAUGUGAUCUUAUUUGUGGGAGUGGAGCAGCAGGUACCAGCACCAAGCCCCGCAAGAGAAAAUACAAGAGAAAGGGCAGUCUGGCCAGCUCUCUCCAGUGCUACUGCCUGCAUGGAUACCCAGGUGUAUCCCCAAUUGAAUGCUAUCUGCGAAAAGCACGGAAUGGACCACUUGGCUGUUCUGCCUACGGGACCCCUAAAAGACCUAAGCUAACUCGGAAUUCCAAGCAAGAGAGAAAAGAGAAGGCAGAGAGAGCUGCCCGGAAAUGGAAGAAAAGAGCCAUGGAAGAACUCAAGAAGAUUGCUAAAACAAAUGCUGAGACUCUUGCUGGAAAGUCAAGAUGCAGAGGUGCCAAGAAGAGAGAAGUCUUUAAGCGUAUGGCUCGAGGUGGGAUUUGGCCAUGGAAUGCUUGGAGGCUGCAAAUUGCAGCUCAUCACUUUGCUAUGCUUCGUUAUACAACCCUCUUAACAUCUCCUCUGAGUUUUCUUCUGCUUGCUCUUCGUGCUGCCUGGCUGCCCACAAACACAGGCAGCGGGAAGAAUCCAGAGGUGAAGGAAGUGGCAGCUGGUGAGUCCAAGGCCUGCUCUGGUAACGCACGAGAGAUAGCAGCACCACCCCAAAGGAAGUGAGUGCAAGAGCCCAGCAGCACUGAAGACUGGACACUGUGGCCAGCUCUGGCUUGAGGAGCAAAAGGCCCACCUGGUAUUAGGCAAGGGAAAAGGAAACCACUUUUAACAGGCUGCCUUGGAGUCAUUCUAGCAUACUUUUAACUCAAUAAAGUUAAUGUCUUAAUAA